CCGUGGCCUGGUUGAAAGCCACGUCACCCCCUCCGCCCCCAAAUUCCACGGGCUCGCGCUCCAAUCAUUGCGACGCGCGCCGCUCCGCUCCCCUCCCCGCGACUCCGACCCAGAUUGGCCGCUCCUCCCCCUCCUCCUCCGGCUGCAUCUGUUAUCAGAAAUUUAUCACUAUUGUGGAAGAACAUCUGCUCACUAAAGUUGCUUGCGAAGCCAGAACAAAGCUAUUUGCCAUCUUGCUUCCAUGGCAACCAACGAAAACCUCCCACCAAAUGUCAUCAGGCAAUUGGCUAAAGAAUUGAAGAAUCUUGACCAGUCACCUCCAGAAGGGAUUAGAGUGAUUGUGAAUGACGAUGACUUCACAAGUAUUUGUGCAGAUAUAGAUGGCCCUGAUGAUGCAGGCGGGACUCCGUAUGAGAAUGGGGUUUUCCGGAUGAAGCUAGUCUUGUCCCGUGACUUCCCUCAAUCCCCACCGAAAGGAUUUUUUGUGACCAAAAUAUUCCAUCCAAACAUAUCAAGCAGUGGUGAGAUCUGCGUUAACACGUUGAAAAAGGAUUGGAAUCCUACUCAUGGAUUAAGGCAUGUUCUACUGGUGGUGAGAUGCCUACUGAUUGAACCAUUCCCAGAAUCUGCGCUCAAUGAGCAGGCUGGAAAGAUGUUACUUGAGAACUAUGCAGACUAUGCUCGGCAUGCAAGGUUAUACACCAGCAUUCAUGCCCUCAAACCUAAGACUAAGCCCAAGAGUGGCACUAUCUCCGAGUCGACUUCUGUAAACGUGGAUCAGUCAAGCACAACAAAUCUAUGCGAAAUUGCACCAUCGGCUCCCAUGGCUUUAUGUGCUACUGCUGCUACCAAAGUGCCAGGCUCAAACUCGCUGGAUCAGAAUGCUCCCGCUGAGCCCACUGUUGGACCAUCUACGGCAUUGCCCAAGAAGGAAGGACCUGUUGCUACAAAAGGCCCAGCUGAUAAGAAGAAGAUGGACGCCAGGAAGAAGAGCUUGAAGAGAUUAUAAGCAAAAUGUUGGGGAAUCGGAGGUGCCAGAUGUAGCACAGAUGAAUGAAUAUUGGGCUCCAGGUGACAUGAGAGGCAGGUGCCAGAUGUAGCAGACGAGUGAAUAUUGGGCUACAGGUGACAUGAGAGGCAUCGGGUAAACUGUUUUGUCACCUGCAGAAAUUAUGUCGAAAGAAUGUGAAUUGUAUAUCUUUGCAUCAACACUUGUGUAAUGACAAUUCUCCCAAAGAAGGCUUGCCUUCUCUAUUCAAUUAAUUCAUUCUCUUGAGAAAACUU